AUGGUAACAAGAACCAAAGCAUCAGCUCAGCCAAGCCUACAGAUACAAGCAGUGAAACGGCCAUCUACUUUGAAAACUGUACCCUCACCACCACUACAGGAGUCACCAUUGCCAGAAUCAGUCCAUCAAAGCAUACUACAGGAGUCGCCAUUGCCAGAAUCAGUCCAUCAAAGCCAUUCGAUAACUGCAAUAAAACAGCCAUCUACUUUGAAAGUUAUACCCUCACCACUACAAGAUUCACCAUCGCCUGAAUCAGACCAUCCAAACCCAUCGAUAACUGCAAUAAAACGGCCAUCUACUUUGAAAGUUAUACCCUCACCACCACUACAAGAUUCACCAUCGCCUGAAUCAGACCAUCCAAACCCAUCGAUAACUGCAAUAAAACGUCCAUCUACUUUGAAAGUUAUACCCUCACCACCACUACAAGAUUCACCAUCGCCUGAAUCAGACCAUCCAAACCCAUCGAUAACUGCAAUAAAACGUCCAUCUACUUUGAAAGUUAUACCCUCACCACCACUACAAGAUUCACCAUCGCCUGAAUCAGACCAUCCAAACCCAUCGAUAACUGCAAUAAAACGUCCAUCUACUUUGAAAGUUAUACCCUCACCACCACUACAAGAUUCACCAUCGCCAAAGCCAGCAGCAUCUCAUGCACCUAAGCAGAAAUUCUACCAAGCGCUGUAUAAUUACAAUGGAAGUGGAUCAGGUGAACUUGACCUCAUAAUUAACGAUAUCCUGAUAAUCCUAGAACGAAGCCCAAAUGGAUGGGUCAAAGGUCGAUUGGAGAAGAAUGGUCUGUCUGGUUGGUUGCCCCAGUCAUAUAUUGAAGAGUGGACACUUGAUUCUGAUUUGCAAGAAAUCAAAAAUGAUGGUCAUAGUGAUGAUUUUGAAGAGGGCGUAGAAUACAAAGCAGUGUACAGUUACCAUGGCAACAGUAAUAAUGAACUGUCAUUUAGUUCUGGUGACAUUAUCAUUGUAUUAGAAGAAUGUGACAAUGGAUGGUGGCGAGGUAACCAUGACAACACCCAAGGAUGGUUUCCAGGCUCCUAUGUGCAGCCUUGUGAUGAUGAAAAUGGUGAUGUAAAUGAUGCACAGGCACCUCACAAUGUUGAUCAACCUGACGGUAGAAAGCAACCUUAUGGCGAAUUUGAAGUUAUCCCCCAGUUAAUGGAAGCUAUGAAAGCAAGGGGCUUGACUUCACCAAAACGAAGAGCUCCAGAACCACCUGUUGGUCAGAAGAAGGCAAAGCCACUGAGCCCAGACAGAACAAGCAUGCAGAGCUAUACAAGUGAAGGUCUAUUGUCUCCUAGAACGCUUGUACCAAGACCGAAUAAUGCUGCAAUGCGAUUGGCUGAACGGCAUGAAAACAAAAGGAUAAGCAUUGCCAGCUUGGGAGAAGAGAACGGUUUAGAAAUAACACCUGGUGGCAGAUCAUCUAUGAGGCUUGUAAAAAUCAAAGCAGAAGCUGUUAAAAAGGGGGCAGAGUCAAGAUAUCAAGAAGCGCCCUCAAGGCCGACACCACCACCUCCGGAGGCUAUCAGGAAAUACACUCUGAAAGGUCGGAAAGAGUUGGCUCAGAAGGACAAACAAAAUGAUUCUGUAGUUGUUGACGAAAAAAUUGUUCCAAAACCAAAACCUAGAGAAAGAACUUCAGAUAGAAAUGGUUUAUCUGUUUCUGAUAGUAGUGCCAGAUUACCGCAGGCUAGUGAUAGAACUGUUACAUCGUUACCAGAGAAGUUUAACAAACCACGGUCAAGAAAACCGUAUUACGAAAAUGUGUCAUUCAGUCCAGGAGAAUCAAAUGCCAGACCGAGAGUUUCACCGAGGUCAAAUGUCGGUGGAGUUCAAUCAUCAAAGGCAGCAGUAACACACAAAGCUGAUCAUUCAGCAACACAGCUUGUAAGACGACCACAACCGACAUCCAGACAACUACAAAGCGAGAGACCCCGAUCAUCAUCUUUUAACGAUAUUGAAACUUAUACUGAACAUUACGACACUCGCAGACGGUCUGGUACAUUGAUGCAUAAGUCUGAUAUGCACAUUGCACAUUCACCUUCAUAUUCGCCAGAAAGACAACAGGCAUCACCAUCACCACGUAACCAUGACGAUUCUACUUAUAUGAAUCUGCAAAUGAUAAAUGAUAUGAACCGGCCAACUCCGGUCCCAAGAACACGCUGGUCACUGGUACUGUCUGACGACUCAAAUAUUCCAGAGCCUUCUCCAAGACAAACGCCUCUAGCACUUAGUCCAAUACCUAUAGAUAGAUAUUAUUCACCGCCACACGAGGAGGACACGUCCAACUUAUAUGAGAAUAUCAACUAUGCAGCUGUUAUUAAUGAGAGAACAGCCGGAGAUGGAGCUGAGACUGUGAGUGGUGCAGUCAGUGUAAAUCACGGAUCACUGACAUCAACACCUCUGCCAAAACAACACAAUGCUUUGUUUACAUAUACAGCUCAUUCAAAAGAUGAACUAAGCUUCAAAGCUGGUGAUGUCAUUGUAGAACUUGAGACAUUUGAUGGCAGUGGUUGGUGCCAAGGAAUGCUACAAGAUGGAUCUGUUGGACUCUAUCCAUCUAACUAUGUACAACUCAUGACAGAACUCUGA